UGUGUGAGCGUAGCCUCUGAUUGUUGAUAGUAAUUUAUGAUGUUUUUAUUCACAGGUAGCUGCUGGAGGAAGUAGCUAACACACCAUAAACUCCACACCUCAGUUGGAGCAUUUGUCUCUCCAUAAGGCAAAAGACAAAAUGACGUCAUCAAUACAUAUUGCAAACAUCACGCAGGAUUGGGUGGAGAGCGUGCGGAGGUGGCAUCUGGAACUUUUUUUCAUCCCUACCACGGUCAUCACUCUGGCCACCUUGGUAGCCAACCCUGUUCUCCUAGCGUGCAUUUUCCUGUCUCGUGCCUUGCGUCAGGAGACACGUUACCUGCUGCUGGCCAACACCCUGACAGCAGACAUGCUCUUCCUCAUCCUCAACCUGACCACGGUGAUCUGUAACGCUGUGGGAGCUCAGAUACCCUGGCUGGUCUGUGAGCUGGUCACCGCCGUCACUGUCACCGCCUACUGCUGUGCCAUCCUCACCGUCACCCUCAUGGUGGUGGACACCUACGCUGCGGUUCGCUGGCCCCUCCAUUACCAUGACAUUCUUCCACCUGCCCGCACCCACCGCAUACUGGUGGGGGUGUGGGUGGUGGCGGCGGUGUACCCUUUCACCCUGUUGAUCAUGAUGGAGGCAGAGAGGGAAAGUCACCACGAAAAUGUGGCUGUGUGUCUGGUCCUCAUCUCCCUCGGCUUCAUUCAGCUAAAGAACACAGUGGGGAUCCACACCUACUUCUUCGUGGCUGCUCUUAUCUGUGCUACACUCAUUUUUUACUGCUACAUUCGGCUCUACAUGGUAACAAAGACCCAUGGAAUCUGGCAGAGGCGCUUCUCCCGGGCCCGGGUCACGCUGCUGGCUCAUGGGGUUCUGCUCCUGCUCUAUUUCGCCCCCGGCUUUGUCUUCACCCUGGAGCUCUUCUUCUUCCAUAGGAAAGACAUAAGUCAAGAUGUUCGUGUGUGGGUCAGCACGGUCAACAUGUGUGUUUUCAUGUUGCUGCCAAGGGCGUUCGCUCCGUAUCUGUAUGGGCUGAGGUACAGGGAGAUCUCUGAUACUCUAAUGCAGCUGCUGCACCAGCACAGGAGACUCAGCCAGAUCACCGUUUCAUAAAGACACUUGUAAACUGUCCAUUU